AGCGGACACCACAACCGAGCGAUCAGAGGCGGCUCCAUACAUCCGCUGAGUCGCAUUACGACCGCGCGCCACUACGCACGCACCCUCAUGUACGACACGACUAUACCAAACGUAAACUGAAACCGAAAUUGAGCGUAAUUUUUUAAAGUGAAAAAAGUUAACAGAUCGCGUUGAAAGCGAAAGGCACGUGCGUGCGAUCGUAAAUACGGAGCGCAAAAAGUGCCGCCGUCAUUGAAACUAGUGAAAAGUUUUUUCGCCGCGCGCGGGGGAGACACCCCUCUGUACCGGAAAAAAUCGGCCCCUCGUGUCCCACUUCCGCCCGCCGCCGAACCUUUCAUUCACCGGGAAAAAAGUGUGGCAAGGCCGUGUGACGUCACCGCAUCUAGUGGCCACGCGCUCGUUCCCUAGCAACGUGAAGCAUCUUACCAUAGGUCCUUCCGCAACAGUGCAACUUCGCGGGUGUGCAAUGUUGACGACGAGUGACGUUAGCUCAUUCCAGUGGAUGUGACCAGUGUGGAGUGGGAAGUGCGAUGUAGGUGCGGACACAGUGGACUCUAUGUGCAGCACGCAGCGCGCGAGGGUGUCGAGGAUGCACCUUACGGGGGCGUCGAGUGGUGCCGUGUCACCCGACACCAGCUCCACUCUGCUCCACGAAACGUACACGAAGAUGACUUCGGACAUACUCGCGGAGAGGACGCUAGGAGACUUCUUAUCAGAACAUCCAGGCGAAUUAGUGAGGACCGGCAGUCCGCAUUUCGUUUGUACGGUACUACCUCCACAUUGGCGUUCAAAUAAAACGCUACCCGUGGCGUUCAAGGUAGUGGCGCUGGGUGACAUCGGAGACGGUACACUUGUGACAGUACGGGCCGGCAAUGACGAAAAUUGCUGUGCGGAGCUGCGAAACAGCUCUGCUGUGAUGAAAAACCAAGUAGCGAAGUUCAACGACUUAAGAUUCGUCGGCCGUAGUGGUCGCGGAAAAUCAUUCACGUUAACGAUAACGAUAUCAACAACGCCACCACAAGUGACAACGUACAACAAAGCCAUCAAAGUCACCGUCGACGGACCGAGGGAGCCAAGAUCAAAGACCAUGUUGUCUUUGCUAGGGCAGCAACAGCAGUUCCACUUCGCGUUUGGGCAGAGACCAUUCCCCUUCCCGCCUGACCCGCUUGGAGGAUUCCGGAUGCCACCUAUCACAACAUGUCAAAAUAUGAGCCAGUUUGGUCUUAGUUCGAGUAACUCACACUGGGGAUAUGGAGGCGCAGGCGCAUACCCCGCAUAUUUACCAUCUUGCGCCGCACCAGCCGCUACGCAGUUUAACCCACCAGCUCUCGGAUUCGCUGGCACCGUUCCGGACCAGACGCCUACGCAAGACUUUACGAAUAAUACAGUUCUGCCGGAUACGACGGGAGUAGAUCUGGACCAGCAGCUGUCGGGUCUCGUCGGGUCCUCGCCGUCCCAUCACGGCAGCCUCCUCCCACGCUACAACAACAACACUGACUACAGUUUAUCAACGGGACCUCGGUCGCUAAGCGACAACAGUUCUCAGCCAGAAUCACCGGUUCAAGAUGACUUACUCACUUCUAACUCGAAUACAAAUAUAGGACAUAAUCAUUCAAACAGUUCCAACUUCCCUUCUCUAAUGGGAUCUCAGAACGCGUCAUACGGCAGCAGUAACUGUAACAACUCCCUGUAUCCCGUUCUGCCGGCAAGUUUGUUGUAUAGUCAAUUGUACACGGCGGCUAACCAAACGCAUAAUUUUCAUCCGUUGCAUUCGAAUUCAAUUCAUUCGACGCAGAAUCACCAUAACGAGUUGCAGACGAUGAUGGAUCAAAUAUCGUCAACGACUAACAAUCACAGACAGCACGGGAGUCACGGACAAGGGGACUUGUUAUUAGGAGGUGGGAACUCGUGUGCCGCAGCGGCAGCGAGAGGGGAAGAUGGUAGGGUUAAUAGCCUCGGCCAACGAGGUAAUCCACAACCAGACAGUAACACCGUGUGGCGACCGUAUUAGGGUUCUAACAAAAAAAGGUUGUACUCCGAAAACAAUUUGUGUCGUUUACACGCUCAUUACAUCAAGACCUCGAGUUCUAGUCUAAGAAAAUAGUAGGCAACACAAAAAAAUAUGUAUAUUUUAACAAAAUGGUCACAGAUAUGAAUUUGUUAGAAUAAUUUAAUCUAUUGCAACGAAAUAGGUAUUGUAAUUAUUGGGAUUUAUUUAAGGAAAAAUAGGAAAUUGCUUAAAAAAAAAUUGAUUCGGCGAUGUCGAUCAUACAACAUAAAACGCUCCCGUCCUCCAAUGAUACGAGAUGUCAAAUAAUGUGAAUGACUUCGACGGAGAAAGUCAUUUUGCUUUCCGCGAAUCAUAUGAAUAUGCAGUUUCAUAUUUACAAACGAUUCGUAAUAGAAAUUUGCUCAUGGUUAUCAACUAACGCUAACACGAUAUUUUUCGCUUUUUAAUGUUUAAUUUCAAAUAUAAAAAUGAUUGUACAUAAAAAUGUGAAUAAUUUGUUGUAAAUGCAUCUUGUAAAGUGCAAUAGUUGUGCAAUUAAAAGUUGAGUAGAUGUAUACAAUAUUAGGUAUAAGAACAUUAUCUGUUGAUUAUGUGAAGUCUGUCCAUUGUAGAUAAUCAAAAUAACAUAGGAUUCUAUUUAAAAAGCAGGUUUUAAUUGUUUCAGAUUUAUAUUUUUUACUAUUUUAUUAAUCUUAAAAUUGGCUACGUUAUGUUUAAGCUAUACGUUCUUGGAUAUAAUAAAAUAAUUGAAUUGUUUUCAAUUGCAACAAGAUAUGUAUUUUAUUUUUUAAAUGGCAACAUUAAUGUACGGUUAGGAAAAAAGAUUUUGG